CGUAAACAUGCUUUCUCGAGCAUUUGGUUCUUCAAGAGGAUGUAUAAAAAGAGUUUUCACUAGAAAGACUGCCCUUCCUCAAGGAAUUACAGCCAUGCCUCAUAGGGUUAGUCGGCGUUUUCAUAAAAUCAGUCUUCUGAAUAAAAAUGUAACAAGCUGAUUUCGGGAUAGCCAGAUAAUAUUCUCUUCUAUGAAUAAAUACUAUUUAUCGACAGGUAUUGACUCUCGGAGUGAGAUAUCCGAAAUAAUGAGCCAAUUCAGCAGUAAGAGCAAGAGCCUAAACGUUCAAGAGAUUGUCACCAUAAUGGAUAAAAUUAUCUGUGUUAAUGCCAAACCAGAGGAACUAGAAUCCUACAAGUCAUCUUUUGACCAGAUUGCUUCAGCAGCACUGGAAAAGAUUCAUGAAAUUACUUCAGGGGCUGAGGCUUUAGUUUAUCUUAGAUUUUUCUCAGAGAAAUAUGAUCCCUGUGAUGAAACCCUGUCUAAACUAGAUUCAAUGAGCUUAAAUCUUCCAGGAAGCUCUACAGAGACCAUCCUUGAUAUUUUAGAAAGCUUGAACAAUAAUAAUAGAUUGUCACAAGAGAUUUGAAUUGAGGCUGCACAAGAACUUAAGAGAAGGAUUUCCAAAAUGCAAUUGAAAGAUAUCCCAGUGGCAUCCUCCUUAAUCUGAUCUUGCCAGCUUCAUGAUGAUAAAUUCGUAGAAGCAUUAGAAGAACGUCUAUUUGAUAUCUGAUUAGCUGGAGAAGUCUAUGAUAUGCCUCUUGAUGAAUUCGUCCUCCUUUGUACAGUUAUUUCAGAAUUUGAAUUACCCUACAAAAUAUUCCUGGAGGAUGCCAGAGAUUUUGCUAUGAGCAAACUAGAAGAAUUUACUCCUGAACAACUUAGUACAGUAGUUUCAACUUAUCUAGUCUUUUGUGACGAUACUAAGCUUGCUAAUCAUGCAGAGAAAAGAAUAAUGAAGAUUCGGAGAAGGCUCACUGUUGAAGAGUGACUUUCUUUAAUGCAAACAUACAUUCUUUAUGACUCUUCAGAGGAGAUCUGGACAACCUUUGAUAUCACAAUUGGAAGGAAUAUGAGGAAGGUUCAAGAUUUCCAGGUUCUGAUGAUCUUGAAUUUAUUCUCAAAAGCUCCUUACCAUAUCAGAAGACUGUUCAAAGCAUUUGUAGAAAAGAUUAAGACCACAGAUUUUGAGCUGAAGGACCUCGCUUCAAUAGCAAGGAUCUAUGGAGAGACAGGAUACAACGAUGAUGACAUUUACCAGUACCUUGAUCAUGCUCUUUCAGACCAAAUCAAAGAUAUGAGCGAUGGAAGUGUGGUUAGCACAUUAAUUGGGUUUCUUAACCCUGAAAUUGAUUCUAAAUUUGAAAUACUCCCUAAGCUAGAAUCUCACAUACAAGAAAUAAUGCCUAAAAUUAAGCUUCACAAUGUCGCAACUUUACUCCUCAGAUACGGACAGCUGUCUGAAGGAUCAGAAGAAAUGAAAAAUGUGUGCACAAACAGGAUAGUCGAGAUAUUCACCUCAGAGAUUACUAACUCAGAAGAUGUAUCAGCACUCGAACUUGUCUUAACCAUGUAUAGCUUUAACAUAUCCAAAGUUGAUGCUAAGUGCUAUUAUCCUAUUUUAAACCACUUAGUUGCAAAGAAAGAGGAGUUUGACCUAGAAAGACUGGAUGAGAUCCAUUCUAUGCUUAUGAAAUUCCAUGAAGACUCUAUGUUCUCAUACCCCAUUCUCCAAUUUAAGUAUGAAAGAGAUAAGUAUUUCGAGAAUGGAAUCAAAAAGCAGAUUUAUGAAUAACAUUCUAU